AUGCGUGUUGCAAUUAUCGGUGGCGGUCCCUCGGGUAUCGUACAACUCAAAGUACUAACCGAGGCACAUCGACGCUUUUCCAUACCACAUCUUGAGCUCAGGCUUUUUGAGUCACAUAAUAGGCUUGGAGGCAUCUUCUCACAUCAUUCUUACGAAGAUGCAGAGCUCGUCUCGUCAAAAUAUCUUACAGCCUUCUCUGACUUCCGCCCCCGUCGUGAUGAUCCGGAUUUUUUCAGUGCCGACCGCUAUCUCGAGUAUCUCGACGAGUAUGCUACCCAUUUUGAGCUGUGGCCAUAUAUCAACUUAAACGCAUGGGUCAAGUCAAUCCGACGGGGAGACUCUAGUGAGCAUGUCAUCAUUUACCGGACAGCAACAGGCGAAGAAAUCGAGUGGGAGUGCGACGCUAUUGCGAUAUGUUCCGGUGUGCAUGCCAUCCCAAAUAUACCAAAUUUGUCAGGCAUUGAACAUGUCCCUGUCGUCAUGCAUUCUGCUGAUUUCAAGUCUCGAAAGCAAUUUGGCAAAGGUAAGACUGUCAUGGUUAUUGGCAGCGGCGAAACUGGCGCAGACAUUUGUUACUUGGCAGUGACAGGAGACACGGAUAGGGUCAUCCUAUGCCAUCGCGAUGGUUGGCUCGGCGCACCCAAGAGAGUUCCUGGGCAGAAAUUUCUGCCCUGGCUGUUUGGCUCCGAGCCGUACGAUUAUCCGCAGCUUCCUCUCGACGUAUCUCAAGUCACAUUAUUUGAUUCUAUGUAUGUCCACCCUAUUGUGAGAGACAGCAUGAUCGUUUGGAACUUUUAUCAUUUUGUGGGAAUAUCCGCCGGAGGAUGGCUCUGCGGCGACUCCAUAUACGGAAUUGACCAAUUUGUUGGUCAAAUUUAUAGUGAGCGCUUUCACGCAUCACGAGUUUUCUUCAACAAGGCUUGGCAGCGUAUCUGCAACCAUGUUUCCGCACCUUGGCGACCAACCAAGUGGCCCUUUGCCAGUCGCAUCCGUCGUUUUUUCUUUAACACUGAUAUCCCUUCGGUUUCGCGAAUAAUAGAGGUUGCACCAAACCCUUCGCAUAUCUCAGAGGAUGGCGUGGCUCACUUUCCUCUCAACGGUCGCCCGGAAUCUGAGCGUAUCAAUGAAACUGUUGUGAAGCCAGACGUUGUCAUAUUCGCCACCGGCUAUCUUCCAGCAUUUCCUUACCUCAACACUCCAGAGAAUGCUGGACGGAAGCCUUAUCCUGUAGCAUUUGACGCAGAUGUAAGGCAAAUUUGGAACUCAGAUGACCCAACUAUUGGCUUCAUUGGCUUUGUUCGUCCAGGCUUUGGUGCUAUCCCACCGCUCGCGGAGAUGCAAGCGAUGCUCUUUACAACGAAUCUAAUUAAUCGAAUCCCAAGGCCACUGAGCCCGGAGGAUGAGUGGCAUUACCGCAUUAUCCACACUCCUGAUGCACGUGUCAGUUAUGGCGUUGAGCAUGACAGUUACGCAUAUCAGCUAGCUAAAGAUAUUGAUGGAGCACCAACGUUCUGGGAAGUCCUAAAAAUGGCGUUCAGUACCAAGAAUGGCUGGAGACUGCCGUAUAUAUGGGCCGCGGGAGCGAGCUUCAACACGAAAUUCCGCAUGAGGGGCCCAUGGAAGUGGGAGGGAGCCGGCGAGGUCAUGACUGGCGAGUUGUGGGAGACUAUUUCGCGCCGUGAAGGUCUAUUUGGCAACGUUCCCCUUUCUGUUAUUCCAAUGGUUUAUCUUGGCAGCAUCAAUCUCUUUUACCUUUUUUAUGCAGGCUUUUGGAAUUCUUUGGCCAAAUUACGUCUGGUACGCCCAAUAGCGAUUCAGAAUGAGCCAAAACGAAUUAUGCAAGAGAUGGAACGGGCAUGCAACUCAAAGAAGGGUAGUAAGUUACAUGCGGAGCGUCAUCAGAGCGCCAGGUCUGAAGUCAUGUAA